GUGUCCGGUUCCCACCACAGGGCACUAUGAACGAAGAGCAGUUUGUGAGCAUCGACUUAGACGAUGACAAUAUCUGCAGCGUCUGCAAGCUGGGGACCGAGAAGGAAACGCUCUCCUUUUGCCACGUUUGUUUCGAGCUGAACAUCGAAGGAGUACCAAAGUCAGAUCUUCUACAUACAAGAUCUUUAAGGGGACACAGAGACUGCUUUGAAAAAUUCCACUUAAUAGCAAAUCAGGACUGUCCACGAUCAAAGCUCACUAAAAGUCCAUAUGCAGAAGUAAAAAAUAUCUUGAGCAAAAAAAUUAACUGGAUUAUACAGUAUGCACAAAACAAGGAUUUAGACUCUGAUUCUGAAAGCUCAAAAACACGCCAACACCAGCUUUUUAACUUCAGACAUCAGACUGAUAGAAAAUUACUCCCACAGUUUGACUCCCCAGUACCCACAUACUCUGCAAAAUGGAUAGAUGGGAAUUCUGGAGGCAUCUCAAGCUGCUCACAGACUCUUUUGGAAGAAAGAGAAUCCACUGAUUUUGGACUUGGUGUGUUACAAGAAAGAGAUGCUAACUUCUGUUGCAGCAGUGUUUUGUGGUCUAAUCGCAGCCAAGUCCAGGAAGCUGAAAAAGCUGAAGGUGAUUCUCUUACCAAUGUUCAUAGAAGGCAUCCUCAACACAGCAGGGAAGAACUGACUGCGAUGACUCCUGGAGAGUUAAAACAACUUAAUGAAAAACUACUCAAGCAAAUCCAGGAUGUGUUUGAAGAGCUGACACAGCAAGUCCAAGAAAAGGAUUCUCUGGCCUCAGAGCUCAACGUCCGUCAUAUUGCUAUUGAGCAACUGCUGAAGAACUACUCCAAGCUGCCAUGUCUACAGAUGGGGCGAGCAGGGAUGAAAUCAAAUGUCCCCAUUUAAAAGGGGGUACUCUUGUAUCUCCCUGUAGAGCUAACUUUCCCUAAUAGCUUUGAUAACCAUUAAGUACAGCUGCACAGAUAUUAAAAGCUUUUUGGGAAACUUGGGCACCUUUCUCUUUGCAUUCAUAAUCCAUGAGGAGUCUUAUUCCACUUUGGUUUUAAAGAGGCAAAUAAUUUAAGUAUUGAAAUCUAUUGUAACAACGUUUAUUCACACUCUGGGAUUUUUUUUUUCUUGCCCAUAACUAUGCAUGAGCCUUGAAAUGAAUUCUGUGUUUCAUUGAUAGUUAAAUUGUUCCUAACAAAGAAUGACCUGAGCCUGUAAAGCUGCCUGCUUCAUAGAAAGGGAAAACAAAAAUUGGAGAUUUGAUCAGGUCUGACCAUGUUACAUCCAGGAGAGCUUUAAGGGGAGAACAGUGUUAAUGAAACUCAUGUUUUCUUAUUUAUUAUGAGCAAUAUUUUAUUAUUGAAAUUUUAUACUAAAUAAAUAUCACUAUUUUAGGUACUUUUCCAGAUCUCUUUAUAAAAUGUCUGAAUUACUCUGUGUAAUGUUUAUGCCUUGUGUAUGAUUGUUUAUCCUUUUUCAGGUCUGUAUCUUUCAUGAUACAAUUUUAAAAAUACUUGUUUCCCAAAGAGACUAAUUUUGUGUUAAAGAAAAAGAAGUGGUGGUGCAUCACUUAUUUUUAUCAGCUUUAUAACUGAAGAAUUUAGUUCAUGAGAGACAUUUAAAAAGAAAAGCACAGCACUUCCUUUCAAAUGAAAAAGAAAAAAGUCCAUACUUUGGUUUUAAUGCAUAGAAGUUGAAGUUGUUUUAUAUGUGUGAAAUUUUCAAUGCUGAAAGAUUACUUUGAUGAAACUAAAUAAAUUUGUAAUACUA